CUGCAUAAGGUUUAAACACAGUUAGUAAGGGAAGGGUCUUGAAAUCUGCUUUUUCAAAUGUAAAUGAACAUAUUAAGUUAAAGUUUGCGUGUGUGUUGCGUGUGAGUCCGAUUUUACAUUAGUGAACCGCAUUUUUUUUUUUUGUGAUGUGACUUCUAACGGAGCCUAGAAGGUGCUUUUACGCACGAUGGAGGAGCUUUUACGCGAGCACGAUGGGAACGUCUCGUGGGCAGAUUUGAGCCACAGAAACGACACUCAUUUGGGAAACAUCACAGUGAACCCUCUAAAGCGAAAUGAAGACGUGGCCAAAGUAGAAGUAACCGUUUUGGUCCUUAUUUUGCUCCUGGCUCUCAUCGGAAACCUGUGCGUCUUGUGGGCGAUACGCACAUCCAAGCACAGCCAGUCUCGGAUGUAUUAUUUCAUCAAGCACUUGAGCCUCGCAGACUUGGUUGUCGCCGUGUUCCAGGUCCUCCCGCAGCUCAUUUGGGACAUCACCUUUCGAUUUUAUGGGCCGGAUUUGCUUUGCCGCUUGGUUAAGUACCUCCAGGUCGUUGGCAUGUUCGCAUCCACUUACAUGCUCGUGCUGAUGUCCGUGGACAGGUGCUUGGCCAUAUGCAAACCGCUUCGCUCCGUGCGCAAAAGAAAGGACCGGCUGUGUGUCGCUGCAUCCUGGAUCCUGAGUUUGGUUUUCAGUGCUCCUCAGAUGUACAUUUUCUCUUUACGGGACGUGGGUAACGGCGUGUACGAUUGUUGGGGGGACUUCGUGCAACCGUGGGGUGCCAAAGCGUAUAUCACCUGGAUGACUAUAAGCAUAUACAUUCUACCCGUGACUAUUUUAACUGUCUGCUAUGGGCUCAUUUGUUUUAAGAUAUGGCAGAAUUUUAAUAUGAAAACAAGAAGGGAGCGCUUUUUGGCACGCGCCCCGAGAGCCCAGAAGUCUGCGCAUCACCUGUCCCGCGUGAGCAGCGUCAGACUCAUAUCCAAGGCAAAGAUCCGCACAGUUAAAAUGACUUUCGUGGUGGUUCUCGCGUACAUUGUCUGUUGGACCCCGUUCUUCUCCGUCCAAAUGUGGUCUGCUUGGGACCCGGCUGCUCCCAGAGAAGAAAUGGCUUUCAUCAUCUCCAUGUUGCUGGCCAGUCUGAACAGCUGCUGUAACCCCUGGAUCUACAUGUUCUUCGCGGGGCACCUCUUCCACCAGGGGGCGCAGUGCCUCUUCUGCUGCUGUGGCCGGUACCUGUCAGUGUCCACGUGCAGCUGUGACAGAAAGUGCGGACACAAGUGCCGCGCGUCCACGCACACCAUCAAGCCCGCGUGCAGCCUGCGGAGCCUGACGCACACUUCCAGCACCGGGGGACAGACUCAGUGAAGGACAUGACAAGAUUUUUGACUGUGGAUACAGACUAAACCCCAACGAAAACUUAAAGCCCUUGGCCUUUCAAAGUAAAUAAUUAGGCAACGUUUGAUCACUGAACACGUUUGAUCCGUCGUUGCAGCUUGUAAGGUGUUCGUGUGGAUUUAUUUCAUUCGUUUCAAACAGCUCAGACUUUCUUUAGGUUUUUCCUUGAUGUUCACCCAACAUGCUAAACUAACCUAAGACUAUAUAAAGGCUAUGAUAAAGGCCUGAAUAAAAACUAUAGGUUCAUACUGCACCUUGUGAUUCUCCUUGUACAUAUGAAGGUAUAGCCUAAUUAAAAUGUGAUUUGAUAAAAACUCACAACUUCAAAUGCAUAUAAAUUCACAUACCCAUGCAGUAGCCUAUCUUCUUUUGAUUGUCAAUACUUGCCUUUGUACAAUAUAAACACACCAAUGCAGGGGCUCCCCCUGUUGAACAUAUUCUGUAAAUACACCAUGUGUCAC